ACUAAAGCUAUAGGGAAAAAAGAUCAUCGUGGGCGUGUCAAGGGAACAGGUGGCAUGGUUGGUAUCAAAAAGGCUUUCGGUCCGUGUAUUCGACAUAGUAGAAGUGACCAUGGUGAAGCUUCAUCAGAAAAUUACGAAUCAAUCAGAGCUUCUGUGAAAAAGGAGUUUGAAGGUGAAUUAGAGAAAAGGGUAGAGAAAAGGGUGGCAGAGGCCCUCCAAAAGCAACUAAGCACCUUGUUAAAAACAGGACAACUAAACUCCAUUUCUACCCCGAUACUUGAUGACCUCCACUUAAAUGAUUCUGCCAGAGUUGACCUUGAUGUUAGUGCUACAAGAACCACUCGUCACAUCUUAGUGCCGCAACCACGCGAGCUAAAGGAAAGGACUCCAUGUCGUCUUGCCCUUGAGGAUAAAGUUUCAGGCAACAACAUUGUCGUGGCGGAUGGUAUGGUACAACCCUCAGAUGGUGCAUUGCCCCAACAUUUUACAUCGAUGAAGCCUGGUCACUAUAAAGUCCAAGUUGAUUUUGUUUACGACGGACAUGUUGAUGAUAUUCUUCCGGUACCUACAGGAGAUGGUUUCACUAACUUAGGCGGUGCUCUGGGUAGUUUUGUGCAAUGGCCCAUACACUUAGUGAUUUUCGAAGACGUCGAGGAUUGUACUUCACCUCCUAAAAAGAAGUCCAAGUCUAAUGUUUCUAAAGAGAGGGAUGGUAGCUCCAAGAAAAAGACAACGGUAUUAGCGGCCCAAAAGAAGACAACAGACUUAGCAUCCAAGAGAAUCGCUCAAGCUUUCGGAAUCCCCUCAAUUUCGUCGGUAAAUCCUCAAAUUCGUCCACAAAAUUCGUUCGUGGGUUGUAGAAUUACAGCUAGUUUGUUUUUUCAGAUAGAUUCGCCCAAUUCAAUCAAGAAAUUCUUGAAGGGUUCUUUAGCAUUGGAUAUAGGAAGACUAGCAGGAGGAUAUGGAAUGGGUGCCUUCUCCUAUGUGGUACCUGUUUACAUUGCGGAAAUAUCACCUGUAAAUCUCCGAGGAGCACUUACAACAUUAAACCAGGUCAUGAUCUGUACUGGCGUCUCAGUGGCGUUUAUAAUAGGGAUAGUUUUAUCAUGGAGGACUUUAGCAUUAACUGGACUUGUUCCAUGUGCUGUUCUGCUUUUGGGUUUAUGCUUCAUUCCAGAAUCUCCAAGAUGGAUGGCGAAAAUAGGAUCUCAAAAGGAGUUUGAAGCUGCAUUUCAGAAACUUCGUGGCAAGGAUGCAGAUAUAACCCAUGAGGCUGCUGAGAUUCAAGAUUACAUAGAAGAACUCGAAAAGAUGCCCAAAGCUAAUAUGUUUGACUUGUUUCAAAAGAGGUAUCUACGUUCUGUAACGGUAACUCUUGAGAUCCCUUGGGUCAAGUGGGAAGAUGGGUGGACAUGGGAAGUGAAGGCACAAUUGAUGGAAGCUGUUGAGUGGCCUCAAAAGCACCAGGAUGCAUUCGAGCGAAUUGGAACCUGCCCACCAACAGGAGUGUUGUUGUUUGGUCCCCCCUGGAUGCAGCAAAACGCUCAUGGCCCGUCCUGUAGCUUCUGAGGCAGGACUGAAUUUUCUGGCUGUCAAGUGUCCAGAGUUAUUCAGCAAGUGGGUUGAUGAAUCUGAGAAGGCUGUUAGAUCUCUUUUUGCCAAAGCAAGAGCUAACGCGCCAUCAGUUAUAUUUUUUGAUGAAAUAGACA